UCCGUAAUAAAAAGUGGAAAUUCCAUUGGAGUUUAGGAGCCUUAUCCAGUCGUGUCCUUAAUUCCAAACUAUCCCCCAAUCCCAACUGCAGCAGCCUUUGGAAUUGGCCAUCAAUGGCGUUACUUCGCCUACUAUGUUCUCCAUCCCUAUUUCCCUCUUCCACCCACUUCCCUCCUUCAUCUUCACCCACUUUCUUUCCUCCCCAUUCUACUACUUCCAUCUAUUCUUUGCAUUCUACUACUACUACUACUUUUUUAUCCCCAUUAAGAAUCUCCAUCAAACCCCAAACACCUUACCUUUACAUCUCCCAUUGCUCUUCUUCCACCCAAACUCCACAAACUGAAAAUGAAUCACAAGAAGAUGAAAGUUUGAAUACUAGAAUUCUUGCUCAGAAUACUCCUUGGGCCUAUACAGCUGAUGACCUUCGCCCUCUCUUUCAGAAAUACGGCACUGUUGAAGAUAUUGAGGUUGCAAUGUAUAACAAGACAAGAAGCAGGGGUUUAGUCUUUGUCACAAUGGGUUCACAUGAGGAAGCUAAAGCAGUUCUUGAAAAUCUUGAAGCGUAUGAACUUGAGGGUAGACCUUUGAGACUUGCAUGGGCUAAGCCAAAGACUAAGAAACCCUCUUCUCCUCCGCGAUCCAAGCCGUUGCCUGUACACAAUCUCUUUGUGGCUAAUUUGCAUUUCGAAGCAAGGUCCAAAGACCUGCUGGAAUUCUUUAAGGCUAAUGGGGCUAAUGUUGUUUCUGCUGAAGUCAUAUUCAAUGAUAAUCCCAGACGAUCUGCAGGAUAUGGAUUUGUUUCAUUUACCACGAAGGCGGAAGCUGACGCAGCAUUAUCCUCCGUUAAUGGAAAGGAAUUUAUGGGGAGAGCUAUAAGGGUGGCACAUAGUAAAAGAUUUCUGAGAGCAGAGACAAAAAAGACCAUCCAGCCCCAAGAACAGCCAUCUGAAUUGGUCUCUGUGGCAGAAUGAGCUAAUGUUGCUGAAAUUUGAAAGUUAAUCCUACGAGGAACCCAUGAACAACAGAUAUAUACUUUCUGAUGAGAGCCAUACUCAAUUUGCCGCCUUGCCAUUAAGAGAGUCAAUUCAUUAGCUCAUAUAACUUGCUGUAACAGUUCAAUAUUUUAGCAAAUAUAUGAUGCUGGGGUAGCACGAUGGAGUAGGAUCACAGCUAUCUGUUUCUUCCCCUGUGUAUUAUUUUAUCAUUAACAUCUAAUUGUCUUCAUUUUGCCCAUUUUUCCGACAUAUACACUCAUCUCCUUAAUAUUAUGAACAAGCAUUUAAUUUGGAGUCACAGUUUUUCACGAUUAAUUGUCAAAUGGCCUUCUUGCGUUUACCCUACUUAAUUUAGGUGACCCAUUUGCUUAUCUAUCCGGAAGUAACAUCCCAAUACCCUUGAUUACCUUACUGUCUCCGUUCAUGCUCUAGCCUGCAUUUACUCCUAUUUCCUCAUACUAACUUAACAAUUCAUAAGUAUGUAAGGUGUGUCAUUCUCUCUAUUACAUUUCAUUUUCAACUUAUUUGCAUUAUCACUUGCUUUGUCAUCUGCUUUUUAUCGUGACAGUUUUUUUGUCUGAUUUAAGUUCUUAGCACCUUUGUCUUCAAUCAACAAUUAAGAAAUCACUUAAAACGUAUGUGCAUCUUUUUUUAAUUAUUAUUUUUGGGAUAAGUUAACGAUUAUUAUUAAGUUACCAUGAUGGUACUAAAAAGAUACAAAAGACCUGCAGGGAAUGGCCAUGCAAUCAGUUACAUCCAUCUCCCAAGUAAAUCUAGAAAAUCCAUAUAUUGGCUAAGACUAUCCACCAUACAUGAUACAACUUACUCCAGAAAUAUAAAUUUUGGAGGCAUUUAUUCUUGAUUCUGGAGAUGCAAUUGUUCCAAAUUUCAAAACACGUCUUGUUCCUCUCUAGCCAAAUAGUCCAGAAUAUACAUAUAGAGAUGGUCCUCGAGAUCUGCUUCAAUGCUCUUGGAGUUCUCUGAUGUUGCCAACAUUCCAUCAAAUCUCUUACCUUCAGUGGCAUUACCCAAUAGACUCCAUAUAUAUUUAGGAACAAAUCCUAGCAUAGUCUAGUUAGUUUGCAGAGUAGGAGGAGGUGAUCUACUGUUUUUUGGUCAUUGUAACAUAAAUAGCUUCUAUUGCACAAUAGGAAUCCUCUUUUCUGCAAGUUGUUUUGAGUUAGGGAGGCUGCCCAAGAGGCAACCCACCCAAACCAUGAUGCCUUGAACCUGCCUUAAUCUUCCAAGUCGGCUUCCAAAGCAGUUAUCAUCCCAUUAUCAACUUGCUUCAUUUGUAAACUAUGGCAGUUGCUGACAAAGAAACUCUCGUCUAGUUGCUGCCCAACUGAGAGUAUCCUGUUUGUUUUGAAUAAUCUGGAAGAUAAGAGUAAACUACGAAAACGACAAUAAACUACGAUAACGAAGGAUCGAAGAUAAAAGGAUAGAUAAAGCAAGCAAAUAGAUAGACACAAAGAAGGAAUUGAAAAGCAAAUAAAGGGUAUAUUAAACCCUAAAUCCUCAAUCCAAUAAUCCUACAAAGCACCUAAAUCUUACAUAAACCACAAGGAAAUCGAACUCCCAAGCAACCAACAUUUUCAAACGAUUGUUCACCGUAAGCUAAUCCAAGCUCACUCACACUCACAAGAGUGUAAUUGUUCAUUAGCAUCAAAGUUUGUCUAAAAAUGAAAGAGAAACUAUUAUUUAUAGCCAAGUGCUAAUUAUUACAAUUAUGGGCCCAAAAGUGACCCAUUUCAGCAAAUUGGGCACAUGCCCACGCAGACCAAGCAUCUGCCCACGCAUGUGGCUUCGCAGGAGCCUCUGGAAAGUCAUCUGCCGAUGCAUCUCAUUCACCUGCGAACGCAGGUGGCUUCGCAGGUGCCCCCUGUGCUUCUCCAAGUUCUUCUUUGCCUCCUUUUGACCUCUGCAAGGCACCUUGACCCUUCUUGGAUGUAAUCACCAUCUCAUGGCACCCUUUUGAUCGCAAUAAGGGGUCGUCAAGGUCCUAAGGCAUUUUGGAUUGUAUCAGCAGGGCUCCAGCAAGUGACAGAAGUCUUCUACUGUGCUCGAGAAAAGAACACUUGGCGCUAAAGAAUGGAUUUUGGGCCUACCUCAACCGAAAAGCUAGAUAGCUCAAGAGGAAGGAUCACCCAAGACCCAUUCCAUAACCACCGAUGUGGGACUUCUUCACACAUCACAAUACUUGAUACUGUAUCAUCAUGAGUGCACCAUGAUUUGUACUAACUUGUAAGGACAUGAGUGAAACAUUCUCCACCUCCAGCUGUGCUCGUACUUGUUUCUGCUUUUAUAUAAACAGCAGUUCCUUUAUUAUUCUAUCAUUCUCCAUAGUAUUUGAACCCUAAUAUUUUUAAUAAAAUUUUAUAUUAGCCACGUAUUACCACCUCACACAUCACCGAGUAUAGGUCCUGAA